AACAGCAUGAAUUUCCCGACAAUUCUAUCAAUGUAUCUUAUUUAGCUUCACCGGAAAAUAAAGAUUUCUAUACAGACAGUUACCACCGUGCCUCAUUUCGUGCCAGCCUUAUUAUUGCGAUUAUAGCCAGCUUUACAAUGCAAAAAUUACAAAAUCUUAUGAAAGAGGCGAACAUUCUGCUGACCCUUUCCAUCAUGCAAGUCGUGUUGGCUGUCCUAGGAUUUUCCGCGAAUUUUUACACUCUGUUUUAUGGAGCGCUUUAUGUGGUCAACCUGUUUCCUCUCCUCCAGUUUCUGGCAUUCAUCGUGUCCAUUCCAGUGUACGGUUUCCAGUUGGUAAACGGCUGCUAUCUCACCGGAUGUUGCACACGUGUUUUGCGCGGCCAACGCGACCCGGCACGCUUCGGGAAAUAUUAUGGUGGACGCAGCAUCAUAUUGGCCGGAUGCUGUGGAUCAUACCUGCUGCUCCUGGUCAUUCCCGGAUUUAUCCAGUUCGCCAUUCGCGCCCAGCCCUUUGUUCCGUCACUGGGCGUGUGGGGUUCAAUCCGUCAGGUGUUCCAGGACGAACUCACCGGACAGCUGGUCCUGCUGGGAUCGGUUGUGGCGCUACCCAGCGCUAUAGCAUUGGCCAUGUCUGUUGGCUCGCGCGGUGCUGCCGUCUACCACGGACUUAAACGUGCCGAAAAAGAGACCGUGCCUCUUGUCUCAUCAAAACCACAGAAUUCAACACCACCACCACCGUACAAGGAAGUUUAACUGGAGAUCCCGAUGUACUUACUACGUUCUACUGGAUACCAUUUAGUCAAUACAGCCGGUUCCCGGUAGCAGGGAUUCGCUGUAAACAGUUUACAUUUGAGGUGCACGUACAGUUUUUUCUAUUUGAAGAACACGUUGGCGUGCCAGUUUGGGGUUAUCCGAAGAUUUCUCGCCCUACGGAAUUUAGAUACCGAAUUGUAUAGUACUAUUAUAGCUUUUCACUUUGCUGCGUUAAAAUGUGUUUCGCCUUUCCAUAGCAACUCUCAGGCGCACGUACGGUCUCUUUUCCUCUUGAAGAACCCGUUUGUGUGACAAUUGAAGAAUUUUCGAAAACGCUUUGCUUGCUUUACCAUAAACUGGGUAAG